AUGGUGACCUUCAUGAAUGGUUAUAUAAAGUUCAUACUCGCUCCCGAAAUUUUCUUGUCUUUCCUCAAUGAAAAGGAGGAAAAAAAAAUAGGGUCAAAAGAAAAUGCCAUUUUGGAGAUUUAUCGACAAUUUGCUUGUGUAGGCGGAGAUCCCAUAUUUCCUGAAUCUUUAUGUACGGAAUUACAAACAAAAUUUUUUCAACAAAGAUGUGAAUUAGGAGGAAUUGGUCGGCGAAAUAUGAACCUAAGGCUAAAUAUUAAUAUACCUGAGAACAAUACAUUUUUGUUACCGCGAGAUAUAUUGACAGCUGCAGAUCAUUUGAUUCGAAUGAAAUUUGGAAUGGGUACACUUGACGAUAUGAAUCAUUUGAAAAAUAAACGUAUUCGUUCCGUAGCAGAUCUCUUACAAGAUCAAUUUGGAUUGGCUCUCGUUCGUUUAGAACAUAUAAUUAGAGGAACUAUAUGUGGAGCAAUUAGAUCUAAAUUGAGACCGACUCCUCAGAAUUUAGUGACUUCAACGCCAUUAACAACCACUUUCUUGACUACAAAUUCAAUAUAA